AUGUCAAGAAAUUUGAUAAAAGAGGGGAUGAAGAAAGUAGUUGGGCGUUGGAGAAAGAAGGAGUACUCUAGGUUUCCUAUACUUGAAGGGCAUCCAAUUGCACAACAACAUGGAGAACAAGUUGUAAAGUCUGUUCGGAACCUCAAAAGAGGUGAUGAUAAAUGUAAGGAAUUCAGAAUUUAUAGAUGGAGUCCUCAUAAUCCAAACCAAAAGCCCUAUUUUCAGUCUUUCUUUCUUCACCUUACCUCUUGUGGCCCAAUGGUUCUAGAUGCAUUGCAAAAGAUAAAAGGAGAGGUAGAUUCGAGUUUAACUUACAGGAGAUCAUGUAGAGAAGGGAUAUGUGGAUCAUGCGCGAUGAACAUAAAUGGCGUUAAUACAGUAGCAUGUCUCAAGCCUAUUGAUACGGAUACGAGCAGGCCAAUGACCAUAACUCCUCUUCCUCACUUAUUUGUCAUCAAAGAUUUGGUCGUCGAUCUCUCUGAUUUCUAUCAGCAGUACAAGUCCAUUGAGCCAUGGCUAAAGACACGAAAUCCCCCGCCAGACGGGAAAGAGUAUAGGCAAACACCAGAAGAAAGGAAGAAGCUUGAUGGCUUAUACGAAUGUAUAUUAUGUGCUUGCUGCACUGCUUCUUGCCCUUCUUAUUGGUGGAAUCCUGAGGAGUUCCUUGGACCUGCAGCCUUGAUCAAUACCUAUCGAUGGAUCUCCGACAGUCGAGAUGAUUUUGCAGAUGAGAGAUUGCAGGCAAUAACAGAGGACGAAAGGCGUUUAUAUCGAUGCAGGGCAAUAGGAAAUUGCACAGCAUGUUGCCCUAAGAGCCUUAGACCUUCUGAGGCCAUAAGCAAGAUGAAGACCAAGCACUUAACUGGGAUACCAGUGGAGACUCUAAGCAAUAAUAUGAAGACUAGCCACUAA